AUGAGUUAUUUACUUCCAUCACUUUCCACCAAAAAUGAAAUUAAUGAUGUUAUACGCAACACAGAAGAUUUAGUUUUAGCUUUAAGAUUUGGUAAAGCAGAAGAUUCUAUAUGUUUACAAUUAGAUCAUAUUGCAAGUCCAGAACUUUCAAAAUUAGCCAAAAUUUUUACAAUUGAUGUAGAUAAUGUACCAGAUUAUGUUAAAUAUUUUGAUAUAUCACUCAUUCCUGCUACAAUAUUUUUCUUUAAUGCUCAACAUAUUAAAGAAGGAUUAGAACCUUUAGAAAAAGUUAUGACUUGCUUGUUGCAGCAACAUAAAGACUGUCCAGAUGAGAUUAGUGUAAAAAAUACAAUGAAAAAAAUUUAUAAUGAUUCCUUGGAACAAAGUACUCUAGAUUGUUUUUUUGAAAGUUAUAAUUUAUAA